AUGGCCACUGCGAUUCUUCCUUCACACAGCUAUCUUCAGACCCGGGUUUGCUCAGAAACCCUAAAACCUCCUCUCAAAUCUCUACGAAAUUCUAGUCCUAAAGGCUCCCACUCCCGCCGGCAUAGGCGAUCUCCCCCUUCUAUCCAAUCCAGUCCUCAGCAUCGAGACAGGACAGAUCGUUCCCUCGUGGCCAUGGUUCCUGCCAAGAACAUGGUCAUGGGCCAGGUCAGGAUCCUCAAGCGCGGCGAGACGUUGAGCCAGACGAAGAUUAGUGAUAAUCGGAAGCCGAUGGCGAAGAAGGAACGAGAUCUGAACUUGGUUCUGGGAUCCACCGACCGGCUGGGUCCGGACCCAGAGACCGUCCAGAGGCAGAUUAGGGUUUCGGAAUUCAAGGUAAACGAUGGAAUCUACGGUGGAUCUUCAGUCGUCGAGUCGCCGCCUCCAUGUUCCCUUCCUGUCCCGGGCUUCUUGGGGAAGAACAGCGUCUCGGCAACAAGUGAUUUGCGCCGGAUUUUGCGCCUCGAUUCAGUAUGA